AUGACAGAGCUGACACUUGGGGAACUCAAGGCGCUGCGCCAAAGAGAGGCAAAGCGGCCCUCUCCGGGCGAGGUAGGCUUUCAACCGGUAGCGCAUGUCAUAGCUCGGCAGACUGAAGGCCACCAAGCGGACACAACAACACACAGGGAGCGUCUGGACGUCAUGAAAAGCCGUGAAAAGGCGCCUAAAACGGAUAACGCAGCACCCAAAAAGAGCAGCGGCAAGGGACCCGCCGUCCUCCCCAACAACACGGCGUUCAACCCCUACACCAACAUCAAGUUCGGCAGCAAGGGCGCCGGCGCGAGGCUCAAGGCACGCGACCCCAGGUUCAGCGACUUCUCGGGGACGCUGAACGACGACCUGUUCCGCAAGUCGUACGCCUUCCUGGGCGACAUGCUCCAGGAGGAGGUCAGGGAGAUCAAGGCCGCAGUCAGGGCAGGCGAGCGAUCGGGCGCCAACAGCCUCAAAGCCACCGCCGCCCUCGGCGGAAUCGCACACAUGAACAUCGCAAGCAUUUCCGACGCCAAGCGCGCGCUAGACAGGUACAAGACACAGCAGAAGCAGCUGCAGAGCGACACCGAGCUGCGCGCCCUGAAGAAGGACCUCAUCGAGCAGGAGAAGCAGAAGAUCGCCACCACGGGCAAGACUCCGUUCUACUACUCCGAGAAGAAGAUCAGAAAGAUCCACCGGGCGAAGGAGGCGGAGAAGGAGCGUGCCGCGCUGCAGUCCGCCGCCAUCAAUGCGGGCGCGGCCGGCGCGAUCCACAAGAAGGUCGCGCGCACACUGAAGCGCAAGGUGCCUAAGAAGCCCAAAGUGCACGCCAAAGCGGCGGGCAAAAAACCAGUGGCUGAAUGA